UUUAAAGCCAGAGAUCCUCCCUCUCGCCAAGCCACUGUGUUGCAUCUGUCUGCCUCGCUGCUUGUGCGUCUCGGUGUGUGUGCGUGAGUGUGUGUGUAUGAAAGUGUGCUAAAAAACCCAGGCAGCCAGUAGGAGAGCUAGAGAGCGAGGGGAGAGACACAGCAGAGAGGCAAAAAGCAUCUGAGAAGGGAGCAAGGAACGGGAGUGUGAGACAGCUAUGAAAUUCAUCCAAGCUGUUUGCUUACUGCUUCUCUUUCCAGCUUUGAGCAACAACACCAGACAAAGCUACGAUGGUCUGGAAAAGAAGCUAAAAGAAGUCUUCAGUGAACGAAGCAGCAUCUUGCAUCAGCUCUCCAAGACAUCAAAGGAACUGGACAGCAUAAAAGGCAACCUUCAGACUCUGAAAAAGGAUGAAUCAGUGGCCAAGAAGGAUGUGCAGAGGAUUCUGGAACUCAGCCAUAAACAGAGAGAGGAGAUGAAGUCCCUCCAGGCAGCCCUGCAGAAGCAGCUGGAUGAGGCAAAUGAGAGAGCUGAGAAACAGCAAGCCACGAUUAAAUUUCUGAAAGUUGAGAUGGAGAAGAAAACCAAAAUCAUCAAGGAUUUGCAACAAGAGAACAAGAGCUUGAAAAACAAGCUGCUCUCUGGGAACAAACUUUGUGACGCUUAUGCUGAAGAGUCCAAAAAAAUCCAGGCUCAACUGAAAGAACUGCGGUACGGGAAAAAGGAUUUAAUGUUUAAGGGCCAGCAGCUUCUGGACUUGGAGCACAAACUAACUGUAGCCAAGGAAGAACUGGAGAAGACAGCACUGGAUAAGGAGUCUCAGCUGAAGGCGUUGAAGGACACAGUUCACAUCUGCUUUUCAGCUGUCCUGCACAACCAGCCCAGCAGCAGUCACCGAUUCCCCACCUCCCCCACCCACUUAUUCAGAUACUCAUCACUCAUCAACAGCUCCAGAGUCACCUUUCAGCAGCCACAUGCCAAGGACAUCUCCAAAGUUCAAAGAAUCAUCACAGCCACUAAAUCACCUGUGAACAUCAGAGUAAUGAGGAGAGAGGAUGGAGACGUUAAAGAGUGCCAGUUGGAAAAGAAUGCAAGUGAAUGUUCCCAGAAUCAGACGGAGGAAUCAGCUGCAGAGAGUAAGAAGCUACCAGAUGUUCAGAAGCAAAGGAGCCAAGAGCAGACUGGAAAAUUCGACACAAAGCUCUCACACGACAGCGAAGAGGCAGAGGGAGGUAGCAGCAAAAAGAAAGCCACAUAAAUACAACUGAACAAAAGGAAUGCCAUUGCAAUUCAGCUUGCAUUGCCUGAAGGAUCUUUCUAAGAGCACACACAUGCGCACUCUCACAAAAACCAUGUGCGCCCACACACACACACACACACACAUUACCUUACAUCUCACUUUUAAAUCACACGCACACAGCUAGAUAUACACACAUCAGCAUUGUUUGAAAAUUCUGAUACCGGAACUUUCCACACAACUCAACUUUACAUCUGAAACCUCCAUAGUAAAAUGGCAUGCGUUUAAAUUUUUCUUUCUUUUCUUUUUUUUUUUCUUUUUUUUUUUGUUUAAAGGUAGCAAUGGCACUGGUAACUUGUUUUUAGAUGGUUAAUAUGUUGUUUACCUUUUUGAAUUUUAGUUUUGAGUAAGGACACUGCUUUCUAAAUGUGUGAUUUUUCUAGAAAAAACCCUUUGCACUGGUGAGGUCUGACACUGUUUCCUGUGAUGAGUAUAUGAAUGGACUUAAAAAAGUACUCCUCCUACUACUAUUACUAUUACUACCCAACUUUGAAUAUUAUUUGUCACUCAUUGUAGCAAGGUUAAUUUACUCCUCCACAUUUUGAAAUAUAAAGGCUCAAGUUGGCUGGCCAACUUUUCAACGUUUAAUAUUUCAGCACUCUUUCUGCCUUUAACACUCCUGAGGCGAAGAGCCAAAGACUCACAAUGGGUCGUCUCCCUGAGAAUGUGCCAUGCACUGAGUAGUAACUCCUAGCUACAUGUAUCUGUGUUCUUUGACCUUUCUGUGUCCUUUCAAUAAACUGUAAUUUUCAGUAAAUGUGUAAAGAAUAAAUUGUUCUUUGUGGGAAAGAAA